AUGGCAGUGAUUCCUCUUGAAAAUGAGCAGAAGCACUUCGAUGUAGCAUCCAUUUUGGAAGUAGGUAUCAAAGAUUCUGCUACAUUGAGUGAUUCAAGGGAAACUGCCAGUUCCAGCCUUGUUUCAGAGCCUUUAAAAGAAAAGGCUUUCUCUAUUCAUACACCUGUCCCACUUAUUUCCGGUGAAAAUAAAGUAUCGAGUAUCUCAAGUAUUACUGCACCAGACGCUCCGGCUCCUUCUAUGUUACUGCCUGCUUCUUGUCUCCCACAGCAGCAAACAGAUGAUACAACCUCAAAAGUUAAGGAAUCUGCUGAACCUUUAAGAGAAAAGCAGAGUAAGAAAAGGCCGAAACUUGCACCUGGGAGUUCAAGUACAUCUGAGUGUAUUUCGGGUGAAAGUGAAAACUCUGAUGAGGAGGAAAAGUACCAUUUAAAGAAAAGGAAUAAAACAGUAGAGGAAGAACCGAGCAUUUCAAAAAAUGAGACAGGGUUGUCAAAAUCGACUAAAGGUUCAGAAACUGAGAUAGCAUUGCCAAAAUCAGCCAAAGAAGAUUGUGUUCUAAAAUUGAAUUCAGGAUCUGAAAAAACUGAUUUUGUUCCCUUUCCAUCCAAUGAUAUUUCUGAUCAUGCUUGUGAAAAAAAAGAAUCAGGGGACAUUAUUCCUGUAUAUCGUGAAAAGAAAGCACUCAGUAUAUCCUUAAGUAAAAACAUAGAUUCUUUAUUGUCACAUGCGGGACCUUCAAAAGAUAAAGGGGUCGAAAGUCAUAUUCCUGUUAAGACAAACGUGUCUUCGCUUCAAAUUUCAUCACACACUGCUGUAAAUGAGGAUGACAAAAAAGUAAAGAAACAAAAAGAGAAAUCAGAGGAUCCAAUUAGUGAAUCCCUUAAAUUUUGGAAAGCACGCAGCAAGAAAAGAUCUGAUUUAUCAGUGGAUUUCAACCAUUGCUUGAGAAAAAUACCAAAAAUAUCUCCGAUUACAGAUAAACCUGAAAGUAUGAGUGAAGAUGAAUCUAUUAUAGUUCCAUCAGCAGUUGAUGCUCGAUUUUGCAAAGUCCUUGGGACCACAGAAAAAUUUCAUAGUAAUGAGAAUUGUAAUCCCAAAGAAGAACCUUUCUCAAAGUUGUUUCAUGUUGGGGAAGAAGAAGCUUAUGCUAAAGAGUUAGUUGCUAAGUUUUCUCCUGAUGAAGCGACAAAACCCCGCUUUCAGUAUUCACAAUUGAUUGUGCAAGCACUUUCAUCGGUUGAAAAUAUGGAAAUGACUCCUUCAGAAAUUUGUAAAUAUAUAGCAGCACGUUAUGCAUAUUUUAAAUUAGCUGAUCGUAGCUGGCAGAAUUCAAUAUUUAAGAUCUUGAAUUCUAGCAAAUUUUUUGAAAGACUUCCUUCGAACGAGCUUGGCUCCGAAGAUUCAUUUAAGAUGCAACAUAACUCUAAAGACAAACUGCUGAAAUUAGCAGACAAGGAUCCCUAUGGAACAUACAACAUCAGUGCUGUAGAUGUUACAGUAGACCAUAAAUACAUUGCCUGCUCUUUUGACGAUUCCUUAAUUCAAGUAUUUAGAAGGAAGGAUGUUACAAACAUUGUAGGUGAUCACCCAUCUUUAGCAGAUUUUGAGUCUGCUGUGUGUUCAGCUACUGAUAAAGAUGAAAAUGAAUACGAACUUUUCAAGGUGCUAGCAAGUCAUCGACAUCCUGUAUAUGGCUUAUGUUUUGCAGUUUCUAAGGAAUAUAUUCCAAACCUUCUGCUGUUUUCUGCGGGCUAUGAUGCAGUGAAAUUAUGGAGCACUGAAGAUUUUAAUUUAAUUGGAGAGUUUCUACACUCUUCAAUGUAUUUGAACAUCGAUGUAAGCAGUUGUGCUGAAUUUUUUGUGGUCGCUUCGAAGGAAAAGGUUGCUGAAUUGUGGCAUGUUGGAGAUCCUACAAGUCCAAAGAAUAUAUUCAAGGGUCAUUCUAAUGCAGUCGAUUUUUGCCGCUUUCACCCCAACAACUUGCAUGUAGCCACAGCGUCAUCGGUAGAUAAAACAUUGCGCUUGUUUGGAACAGUUGAUGCCAAGCCUGUCAGAUUAUUUGUAGGACAUGAGGCUAAAAUAACUACUAUACAUUUUUCAGUUGACGGUGAAUUCUUAUUAUCAGGGGACAUGUCAGGAAAGAUUUUUGUUUGGAAUAUUGCAAAAGGAGAAUCAACCUCAAUAUUGCACGAUCACAAAGAACGUGUUUUGUCUCUGUCUUGUGACUCAACUGGAACUUUUCUGGCAUCUGUUGGUUAUGAUCACUGUGUUAGAACAUAUGAUUACAAAAAGCUAAUAAGAAAGUAUCUACCAAAGAAGAAAAGAAAAAAGGAAAAGAACAAAUCUCCUCAACUAUCUGCCACAAGGCUUUUUGCUUCACCAUAUUUCGUAAAGUAUUGUUCCUCAUCUCUGGUGGUUGUUGCAACAUGUUUUUAA